CCGAGGUUUCCCCACGUUCCCAGCAUAAGGCGCUAGUAGAUUCAGGCGCAGUUGGGAACUUUAUCGACCGUUCCUUUGCUAUGAGAUUAGGGAUCCCUAUUGUGUCUGAUGUUCCCUUCCCUAUACAUGCCUUAGACAGUCGUCCUUUGGGGUCGGAGCUAAUUAGGGAGGUCACAGCUCCGCUCACUAUGAUAACGUCGGAGAGUCAUAGGGAGCGAAUUAGUCUCUUCCUAAUCGACUCUCCUGCGUUCCCUGUUGUUGGCUUCGCAUGAUCCCACUAUUUCGUGGCAACAGAGGGCUUUCAAGGGAUUGUCCCGUCAGUGCUCAGGGAGGUGUGUAGAUGUUUCCUUAGGUGCCACUACGGUGGAAAGUCCAAACCAGGUCUCCACCAUGCACAUUCCCCCCGAAUACACACUUAGUUUUGUGAUGACAUGGAGAGCAAGAAAAUACCCCCACCCUCGAGUGGGGUGUUUCGCUUCCUCUUUCAUCUGUAAAUGAGCUAUGUCCAAUGCAAAACACAAAUCUUGUUGCAUUUCAGAUGGUUCUAUGGUACUACAAUUACUGCUAUGGGAUCAACUCACAUACAAUACUGACAUGUAGGCCCAUCCCUAGCCAAAGAAAGUUCCUCCCCUUUUCUUUGCUCCAAAAUUAAAGCUUACAGUAUUUUUGUCCUCUUGGACAAGGUGCUAAAUCCAUCUUUCUGAUGAAGUGUCUGUCAUUUAUUAAAGGCUUAGGCCAUUUUAGAGUUAUUUUACCAAUCACACAUGGAAACGUACAUUGUUUUGUAAUUUUCUCACUUUUCAAAAGUAGGUUUUGUCAUAUUAUGCACUUAGUGGUGUGUCAAUCUCCUUGAAAGACUGACAUUUGGUUGAAAGACGGAUGUUCUUAACCACUAAAAGGACACACUGACUACAACACUUUUGCUGAUGAAAGGUUUUGGUCUGUAUUCAUACUUCCUUCAAAUAACAUAGGCUAUCACUAUGGCGUGUGGUGUUGAGAAAUAAAUACAGUAGCCUACAUGUAUAGCUGUUUAAUGGUCUGUCAUGCAUCACACGUUGUGCCACAGCUUGUUUGUGAAAGUUGUGGCUAAAAGGGUAACUGCAUGACUUCCUUCCUGUUGCGUACAUAGUUCCCUAAAAUAUUUGAUUACCUACUGAAUGAUUUGAUUCUAACCCAGACAAGAAUAAUGAAUCUGCAGUUGGACGGAUGGACGAUCAAGUAGCCUACGUUAGAAAACACGCUACAGUUGGAUUAUUUUUAGUCUGUGGAGGUAUAGGCUAGACCUCUCCUGCCCUAUGGACAAAACAUGUAUCUAUAUUGCAAUUUAUUGAGACAUUGUUCCUUGUGGGUAUCAAGACAUUUAGACAAACAGUGAGCUGCAGCUGCUACAGAUUCAGCUUCCUCUUUUUCUGCUGGGAGUAUCAGGGAACCCUUUGGUGUGUUUUAUGACAUUUUUUGUAGUUAAUGUAUAACUUUUCUUUUUUGCUUCAAUAAAUGAGAAUUAAUGUGUUGUGAUCAGCUCUGUUAAGUGCUUAGUGUGUAUACAGAGCAGCACAUCUAUUAAAAGAAAUCAAAUGCGAAGGAUAUUACAGUACAGUUUUUCUUAUUGGAGGUACAACAUUGCAAUAGUCUGGAGAAUGAUGACAAGAGCAUGUACGGUUGGUUCCGUCGACUCUUAGUGAAAAAAGAGUCUCCACAGAGCAGCUCCUCUCCACAUGUACAGGUCAGGACUCCAUCCCCUUCUGUCGAUGGUGCCUCAUUGGUUCCCACCUCCACUCCUAACCCACCACCACCUUUUCUGAGCUCUACGAUUCGUUGGAGCCAGACCUACGACUUGUGUGUGUGCCAUAGCCCUGUGGACAUCGAAGAAGCCAUCCGUCUGGCCACUUACCUGGAGAAACCGGCAUGUGGCCUGCGCUGUUUCCUGCGGCAACGUGACGCCACCGUGGGGGGUGCCAUCCCCACCGAGCUAUGCCAGGCUGUGCAGAGCAGCCAUUGCUGGGCCCUUCUGAUCACCCCCAACUUCCUGCUGGAUGACUGGUGCCAGUACAUGAUGCACCAGGCACUUUCUGAGGGGCCCAUGUCCAACCGGAUCAUUCCCCUGGUCCUCAACCUGUCUUACACUCAGUACCCAAAGGAGCUACGCUUUUACUACUACAAAGACCUGAGCAAGAACCCAGAGCGAGGCUACACACAGGUGUACAAGACAGUGCUGAAGUACUUGGAGGACAUGGAUGAAAAAGAUGCUGCUAAAGUUGAUUGCAACAUGCACAGUACUAGCAAUAGAUUGGAAGGGGCAUCCUGUUUUCCAAGGACAAAACUAUCAGAAUUCUGAGCCUCUGCUUUCACUUCAGGAGAUUGAGAGGACAGAGGCUGCAGAUUCCUAGGACUAUUGUACAUCACACACUGGAGGCUGCUGAGGUGAGAACAGCUCAUAAUAAUGGAUGGAAUGGAGCAAAUGUAAUGGCAUCAAACCCCUGGAAACCAUGUGGUUGAUGUAUUUGAUACCAUUCAUUACCACAAGCUCGUUCUCCCCAAUUAAGGUACCACCAUCCUCCUGUGAAAUCACACGAUAGCUAGAAUAAAGAAGGGUCUGACUGACUUAGGGAAAUCCCCUUACAAAAACAAUCAACUGGGCACAUACUGGUUGAAUCAACACUGUUUCUACAUAAUUUCAAUAAAAUAAAAGAAUGUUGAACCAACGUAUAAUAGACGUUGAAUUGAGGUCUUUGACCAGUGUGACUGCACUGGUUGACUGAUCUGACAUGACCACAAUUAACUUAUUUUUUUAUAUCGAGUUUCUUAUCGUAAAUAUUAAUACAUCUAAUCCAUUUUGUUGUGUGCAGACUUGCGAUCUCAAUGUACACUGAUUCUCACAUGGUGCUCAAAAGCCAGAGUUAUGUGCAAUAGAAACCUACUUGGACUGGGUUUUCAGUGGAAUAAUAUGUAAUCCAACAUGGGAGAGUGAUGCAAGAUAGUAGCGCAGAACAUCCCUUUGGUACAAAUGAUGUUGCUCUGAUAUGUCAUAACCAAUGAUGUGUAUUAACCCUGGAUGACAGAACAGGGGGCGCUGUAUUGAAGCCACCGGGCAACCAUAUUGGUACUUCUCCUCAAGCGUAAAAAUAUUUUGGAAGCUAUAAAAAAUGUAUUUAUUAACGUCUACAUUUUUUUUAUAUGAUUAUUCUAUUACAGACACCUUAAUGCAUACUUUAAAAUUACAUUAUGUGAGCUAAAUUAAAAACUAUACAAACAUUUUCCUUCAAGUGUUUUUUUAGAGAGUACUGUUACUGUCCCCAAUACUUUAUUUAAAGGGGGAGAUCAAGCGGAUCCUAACUUAUAAGCCUAUUUCUAUUUUGCCCUGUUUAUCAAGUGUUGGAAAGACUUGUCAACAAUCAACUGACUGGCUUUCUUGAUGUUUAUAGUAUUCUCUCUGGAAUGCAAUCUGGUUUCCGCUCAAGUUAUGAAUGUGUCACUGCAACCUUAAAGGUCCUCAAUGACGUCACCAUUGCCCUUGAUUCUAAGCAAUGUUGAGCUGCUAUUUUUAUUGACUUGGCCAAAGCUUUUGAUACAGUGGGCUGGCUAAGGAAUAUUGGUGUCUCUGAGGGGUCUUUGGUCUGGUUUGCUAACUAUACACUGCACUCUUUGAGAGGGGUAAAGUCAGAACAUCUGCUGUCUCAGCCACUGGCUGUCAGCAAGAGAGUACCCCAAGGCUUGAGCCUAGGCCCCACUCUCUUCUCAAAUAACAUCAACAACAUAGCUCAGGCAGAAGGAAGCUCUCAUCCAUUUAUAUGCAAAUGAUAGUCUUAUACUCAGCUGGACCCUCCCCGGAUUUUGUGAUAAACGCUCUACAACAAAGCUUUCUUAGUGUACAACAAGCUCUCUGCCCUUAACCUUGUUCUGAACACCUCCAAAACAAAGGUAAUUUGGUUUGGUAAGAAGAAUGUCCCUCUCCCCACAGGUGUGAUUACUACCUCUGAGCGUUUAGAGUUUGAGGUAGUCACUUAAUACAAGUACUUGGGAAUAUGGCUAGACAGUACACUGUCCUUCUCUCAGCACAUAAUAAAGCUGCAGGCUAUAGUUAAAUCUAGACGUGGUUUCCUCUAUCGUAAAUUGCUCCUCUUUUCCCCCCAGCUGCCAAACUAACCCUGAUUCAGAUAACCAUCCUACCCAUGCUAGAUUACAAAGAUGUAAUUUAUAGAUUGGCAGGUAAGGGUGGUCUCGAGUGGGUAGAUAUCCUUUACCAUUCGGACAUCAGAUUUGCUACCAAUGCUCUUUAUAGGACACAUCAUUGCACUCUAUACUCCUCUGUAAAGUGGUCGUCUCUGUACACCUGUCGCAAGACCCACUGAUUGAUGCUUAUUUCUAAAACCCCCUUAGGCCUCACUCCCCCAUAUCUGAGAUAUCUACUGCAGCCCUCAUCCUCCACAUACAACACCCGUUCUGCCAGACACAUUCUGUUAAAGGUCCCCAAAGCACACAUCCCUGGGUCGCUCGUCUUUUCAGUUCGCUGCAGUUAGCGACUUGAACAAGCUGCAACACACUCAAACUGGACAGUUUUAUCUCCAUCUCUUCAUUCAAAGACUCAAUCAUGGACACUCUUACUGACAAUUGUGGCUGCUUUGCGUGAUGUAUUGUCUCUACCUUCUUGCCCUUUGUGCUGUUGUCUGUGCCCAAUAAUGUUUGUACCAUGUUUUGUGCUGCUACCAUGUGUUGCUACCCUGCUGUGUUAUGUUUUGCUGCCUUUCCAAGUUGUCUUUGGUCUCUAUCUAGGGUUGUGGCAUCACUCUUGUCAUUUGUGUUCUGUCCAAUUUUUUUUUUUGUAAUUUUCUUAGCCCCCGUCCCUGCAGGAGGCCUUUUGGUAGGUUGUCAUUGUAAGUAAGAAUUUGGUCUUUACUGACUUGCCUAGAUUAAAGGUUCAAUAAAAUACAUUUUAAAAAUCAACAAAAAAUACUUAUACAAUUUUGUCAAAUACAUAACAUUUAGUUGAAAUACUGUGGAGGACUGCUCCUACGAGGAAGUUCCAAUAUGGCCGACCGGUGGCUUCAAAGCCUCUCAAUGGCCAAUGCAUAGCAGAUAGAAAUCCAGGGUUUAUAUAAGUCAUUGGUCAUAACAAGGAUGAAUAAUCAGCUUUCCUACCUUAAAGGGGAAGUUUACCCAUUUUUACAUGUGGCCUUAUCUUCACUCUUUCUGUGCUUCAGUUGAUCGCCCAAACUGUUUC